AUGACUGAAAAAGCACUAUCGCCGAGACUUGCUAAAGUACCUUUGGCAAGGUCUGGAUUCGAUGUUUUAGAUAUGUCAGCUCCAGUUUUAGUGCAAAUGAAUCCGGAGGGAAAAUGGGAGAAUUGUAAGCCCGACAAUUUGGAUGAAGAAAGAUUAAAAGCUGUUGUACAAUAUCUGGUCAAUUCAAAGGCAGUAUCGGCAGCUCAGAGUUAUUGCUGUCAAUGUACUGUAGAUAGCCAAAAACAUGGAGGUAAAUCAAAUUAUGUUCCAAUUAUAAUGAUGCCAAUUUAUCCAGCUGAUAAAUGUCCAUUUGAUAUAGAAUGCGAAUUAGAUAAAAACAAGGAAACAGAUUCCAAGAAAAUAAAGAAAAUGGAAAUGGUAAUGGACUUUGAAAAAGACAAAGAGAAGAAGAAAAUGAAGAAACGUGGAUUUGUUAUGCAAAGACUCACGGAUUUCGAUUUACUAUCGCAAUGGUAAAAAAAUGUUUAUUUUUUACCAUUGCGAUAUGGAUGGAUGGAUUUUGUACUUCGAUUAAAUAAUGUAAUGUACGAA